AUGGAUGGCCGAAAGCUGCCGAUCCGGCAGAAGGCCGAAAGGAAACCAAGGCUAGACCAGUGGAUGGAGCUGCAUCCUCCAGCAAAUCGUCUUCUCCAAAAGCUGCUAAGGACCAACCUGAAGUCAGCCUCACAAGGGACAAAUCCAAGUCUCUGUCGUUCGUUGGCUUCUAUCUACUGCCAUCUAUUCGUGAUCCCUUUUUAUCUAUAUUUGCUUUUUGAAUGUAUAUCUUUUUUUCUGUUUUUCUUUUUCUGGAUAUGUCUACCUCUUACUCUCUUUCUCUUUGUUUUAAUCAGUCUGUUUCUCCCUCUCUCACGCUCUAAUCUCAAUUUCCCCCCUCUCUCUCUCUCUCUCUCUCUCUCUCUCUCUCUCUCCUGCGUCUAUCUUCUUUAUUUUCUUUGUCUCUCUCUUUCUCAAUAUCACUGUUUUUCUCCUUGUUCUCGGUAUUACUCUUUUUAUCAUAUAUAUGUACGCACCAAAGGUUGCGGUAUCAUUUUUUUUCUUUCUUUCUUUCUUUCUUUCUUUUUCCAAUCUUCCUUUUUUUUCUUGUUUCUUUCUUUCCCUUUCUUUUUUCUUUUUCACUCUCUCUCUCUCUCUCUCUCUCUCUCUCUCUCUCUCUCUCCAUUUUCACUCUUUUACCCCUCUCUUUCAUUUUUCACUUCUUUACCUCUCUUCUAUUUUUCCUUUCUUUCCGGCUCUUUUAAUUUUCCUGCCGUUCCCUCUCUUUCAAUUUUCUUUUUUCUUUCCCUUUUUCUUCCUCUCUUUCCUUUUUCUCACUCUUUCCUUUCCUCCUCUCUUUCCUUUUCUCUCUUUUUCGUUUUUCUCUCUUUCUCUCUUUUCUUUUCUUCUUUCUUUUUGAAUUCUUUGCCUCUUCUUUCCCUCUCUUUUCUACUUCUCUAUAUUUUCUUCCCCCGCCUCUAUACUUCUCUCUUUCCUGUUCACCUUUCUUUUCCUCUCUCUCUCUUUCCUUUUUUCCCCACAUUCCCGGCUUCUUUCCUUUUCCCGCCCUUUUCUCUCCCCCUCUUUCCUUUGCCCCCCCCCCCUUUUUUCACUGUCCUUUUUUUCCGCCGUUGUUUACCUCUCUAA